CUCCUUAAAGCGGCGAUCAGAGAAGAAUUGUUGCUACGACUUAGAAAACAGAGCAGUCAUUUGACCGAAUGCACACACACACUGUACUAAAUGUACUUUAUUCGUUUGAUACGUAUUACUCUGUAGAUUUAGUCCAUUAAAUUGUGCAUUUUCUUUAUUACAACAGUUAGUCAGCACGGUUCAGUUUUUGUGGACUUCAUCCCUAUCCCCGGCUAGUCAGCUAGCUGAAGUGCCGCUGCUCGGCCGUGAGCAGCCAGUCUCACAGCCAGCCUUCAAACUCAUAGUCCUCAUUUGACUUGAAUUGGCUGGUUAUCUCUGAAACUGCUCAUGGAGAGUGAAACUUGUGCCGAAGCAGUCGCCGAGGUGAAGCAGCAGCAGCAGCCGCCGCCCCAACCACCACCACCACCUGCAGCAGCAACAGCUCCACACAGAUACACAAAGGAGGAGCUGCUGGACAUUAAAGAGUUACCUAUCUCCAACGAGAGGCCAGAAUUUCUUUCUGAGAAAUAUGACAGUGAUGGUGUAUGGGACCCUGAGAAGUGGCAUGCCUCACUGUACCCCUCAUCAGGACGGAACUCUCCAGUGGAAUGUUUUAAAAAGGAUGUGGAUGAUCGAAUUCCUUUGAAAAGAAGAAUUGCAGAUCCACGUGAGCGCUUAAAGGAAGAUGAUCUGGACGUUGUGCUGAGUCCACAGCGGCGCAGCUUCGGAAGUGGUUGUCAGGGUAAUGCUGCACCUGCUCUCCACACCUCUCGGCCCAUCAGUCCACUCGAAAAUAAGGAAAAUGAGACAUUGCGUCUAGGAGCAUCGCGCAGAAUUGGCAGUGGCCGAAUCAUUGCUGCCAGAGCCUUUGAAAGGGAAGCACGAGGGGAGAAGGAGAGGGAGCGAGAGCGAGACUUCAAGGAUAAAAGAUUCAGGAGAGAUUUCGGUGACAAACGCGUGUUCAGUGAAAGGAGAAGGAAUGAUUCAUAUGCAGAGGAAGAACCGGAGUGGUUCUCUGGAGGCCCCACAAGUCAGUCUGAGACUAUUGAGCUUAUUGGAUUUGACGAGAAGAUUUUAGAAGACGAUAAACGAAAAUCCAGGCGACAAAGGAAGCGGACAGAGUCUGUCAAAGAGGUGGAGUGCAAUGGACAAAGCGAAGAGCAGGAUUUGUCUCUGCGCUCUUCAGCUGAUCAGGAGGUUCCUCAUCCUGAUGUGCUGCCAGAGCAGUCAACCGGAGAUUUUGACUUUAACGAAUUCUUCAAUCUGGAGACCAUGCCAGCGCUGGCAUCUAUGAUAGAAGAUGUUUUAGGGGAGGGUCCUGUAUCAGCUAGUCGUUUCAGUCAAUGGUUCUCCAAUGCUGUGAGUCCCUCAGGAAGUCGAUCGAGUAGCCUGAGGUCCACUCCUCACGAAGAGCUGGAAAAACUUGCUGGACUGGAACCUCAUUGUCCUGGUCAAGGCUCAGCUCCAUAUUUCACACCCAUCCAUUCAGAGAAGGUGGACAUCUUGGAACUCUUGCACAAAGCCAAAAUAGACCUGAAGCCACUUCUGUCCACCCUGUCUGUCAACAAAGCCCGUCUACAGCAAAGCACUCACUCCGGAGCCGUGCUUUCACUGGAGGAAGUAGAGGGGGGCAUGAAAGGGAUGAAGAUCUGCCCGAAACCACAGGUGGAGAAGGUGCUGCCCCCUCAGAGGGGAAAUGGCACUCCGUUCAUGGCAGAGCAUUUGGAACAAGCAUUAACUGGUGUGUCGAGUAGCCGGACUCGUUCUGGUGACUCCGAUAUGUCGGCCUUUAAUAAACUGGUCAGCAGCAUGAAGGCGAGCGGAACGUUGCCCACUCACCCUAAAGCCAGCUUGCAUAAUCAGUCUUCUGACCAAGCCGUGGUGACACGAUCGGACGCUCAGGUGCCCAGUCAGCAGCAGAAAAACAUAUUCCAGGAGCUGUUGGGUCAUGCUCAGAGUGACCCCUCUGUACGGCGGGGGAAUUUAUUGGGACCGUCUGAAGGGCAACCCACUUCUAUUCAUGGGCUGCUACACAAGGCCCCGACUCCUCCACUCUUCCCACCGAGGGCCCCGUCUCCAGAUUACUUCACGAGUCGAAUGCAACAUCCAGCAGGCUUCCCAGCGGGGUCCCAGCCAGGGCUUCCUGAACAAUUCACCGAUGUCCAUCGCUCCAUCAGCCCUGGAUCUGCAGCUCCACACCAGGUGAGAGGGCUCCCCAUGCCAGUGAAUCACGCAGAUCUAGAGGCCCUGUCAUUCCAACAGGACAUUGCCCUCCACGCCCAGCAUCCUUUCCAGGCUGGGUACAACAAGCUGCCACAAGACAAGUCUUUCCGCAACCGGCGUGUCAAUCGGUCCCCUGGCCCCGGGCCUCAACCUGCUGGAAGAAACUCUCCAGGGAACCCGGUCACCAGCAUGUUGUCUCCUUCUUUUACACCAACCUCGGUGAUCCGAAAAAUGUAUGCAACUAAAGACAAAAGCAAAGAUGAAACGUCGAAUCGACCAUCUUCAAAAGAAGGCCGGACAUCCCAAUCUCCUGAUGGUACCAGCCCUUCAAACACUUAUGCAGAGCCAAUGGAAGGAAGUGGUUCCCCAUCAGUGGGGAUGAAGACCAGCACUCAGAGCUUGCCUUGUAAGGACCAGGAGAGACUGCGACCGGGAACGGCUACUCAGCAUCCACCUGCCAUGGUACCACCAGGACCCAACUCAUCCUAUCCACGACCAGUCUACCCAGUACCAAUGCUUUCCCAUGUGCCCAUGGUGCGCCCUCCACCCCAACUCCACCCAAACGUGGUUCAACGAAUGCUGGCCCAAGGGAUUCAGCAGCAGCAGCUUGGACCUGCCCUGGUGCAAGCAGGUAUAUUUCCACAACAUGUUGACCUGGCACAACUUCAAGGAUUACCUCAGGCUCUCCUCGGACAACCACUGUACCAAGUCAAUGCGCCAGGACACCCACUGCUGUCUCCCAGGACCAGUACUCAGAUGCAGAUGGCAGUCAUGCAGCAGCUACAGCAGCAGAGGCAAUUACAUCAGAGUGCGCAAAGCCACCAGAACCCCCAUCGGACCAACGGCUCCCAGAGACAUGGUAGCAGCCCCCCUCUUGGACUUGCCAAGUGGUUUGGAUCAGAUGUGUUGGAGCAACCACUACCUUCCAUGCCGGCCAAAGUCAUCAGUGUUGAUGAAUUGGAGUUCCGACCCUAACAGACACUAGUGGAGUGAUGUGGUUUUUGUUUUUUUUCUUUUCAAAACUCAUCCUUUGAGUAAAAUGUGAACUUUAAUUUGAAUGACAGACUGUCCAGUUGGUGCACCAUGUCUGCACACAACCUUGAAGUAUCUUAGGACGAGGCUUGUCGGCAGGAAAGUGAAGAAGGAGAUUUGUUAUUGCGAUGGAGUGACCUUUUUUUUUGUCCCUCAUUCUUUUGUAUUAGACUCUGGAAGCAACUUUGGGCCAUGUUUAUGUAAAUGCCCUCUUGUACAGACCAUGAGAAAGAAUCUUAUUCUCCCUGUAUAUAGCUUUGGUUUCUUUUCCCCGGCAUGAUGUGGUCACGAUAUCCAGAGAGUCACAUGGAGGUUGUAAGCACUCCUGCCUUGUAUGCCUUUUGUUUCUUGGCUCGCCCGCAGUGACGGUGACCAUCAGAAGUAAGAGUGAUGUAGAUGGCUAACUUUCUGUAGAGGAUUCAGUGACUGCUGGUGCCUUUUUUGUGUAUUUUGUUAUCCUUUUUUGGAACUGUAUCCUCCCCUUCCAUCACCAGGCAGGGGCAGCACUCACUGGCAGUUUUGGGGUGGUUGGGAUUGAGUUAUGUGCUAUUAAGUUAUAAAGAGCACAGUUAGAAUAAAUAAAUAAAAGUGAGUAAACUUACUGUUUUGUGUAGAUGU